GGGUUUUCUCAUUCGCGUGGUACCAGCGCUAAGUACCGUCCGUUUAUGUAUGUUACAAGAAAACGCGGUGGAAUUUUUUUUUUAUUUUGAAUAGUUCCGCGGUACUCUCGCGGCUAAAUUCGGUUGGUUUUCGAGUGUCGUGACCUGCUUCUUUUUCUGGAUUUUUAUUUGCUGAUUUUACCGCUUUUUUUUAGUUGAUUAAACGGUGAAAGCCGCCUUAGAUUCGACACCGUCACCAUGCAGUUUGUCACCAUUAAAGUGAAAUCUUUAUGACUAUAAUAAGUGAAAUGUGAGACAAUCAACAAUUAACCAAUUAAAAUGUGUUUAAUUAUUUAAAAGUGCUGAAGGAAAUGACCGUUGGCAUGGACGUUAACAAGAACCACAGGAGGAGCUCGUGGGAAUCUAAGAUGUCCUGUAGCACAAUGGACACCUCCAACAGACGCUACAGAAAAUCGCCCAGCUCAAUCAUCUCUUCCGACUCAGACAUCAGAUUCACCAGAAGAAAACUGACGUCACAAACAAGAUGCGGCUGUUGCAUCAUAGCGACGUUUCUGUUGUUUCUGUUGCUCGCUGCAGCCUCAGUCUACGUGGGCUACACGUACUUUUUACCCGAGACCCCCGGAGAGGAAACUUACCGGGGCAGUUUUAGGAUAAUCGAGGGCGACACGUUCUCGGCCGAAUUGGCAGAUCCCAGCACCACUAAGUUCAAAAACACUUCGAGAGAUUACAGGGAAAGACUGAAUUUGCUGUUUCGUAGAAGUCUGGUUAAACAGGGCUACAGGGGCAGCGAAGUAUUAGCAUUAGACGGAACCGAAGACAAGGAUCUCAUCAUACAUUUCGACAUAAGAAUCGACCCCAAUUACGUCCAAACCGCUUCCGAGGACCUGGAAGCUAUCAUUGCCAAAGAAAUCACCCUGGAGGGCUCGAUAUUAUUCAAGAAUCUCACCGUAGACUUGGGCAGUUUGGAGGUGCAACCCAGUGACGCCUUACCGCAGAUGAUGACGACGUCUACUUACCCCACGACAAUUUUCUCGGACGCAGUGGUGACUUACCCCACGUAUACCCCCAGGAGCUGUGCACCACUGGCACUGAAGUACUGUAGCAGUUUGGGGUAUAACGUCACCACUUACCCCAAUGUUUUCGGGCAUAAGAGCCUCAAGGAAGUUAGGGAUAACGUCAUAAGUUUCCGGGAGUUGGUGGAUGCCGAGUGCUACAGACACGCCUACGAGUUCGUUUGUCAACUGCUACAGCCGGGCUGUAUAAGGGAUAACGGGGAAGACAGGAUGGUUUUGCCUUGCAGGAGUUUCUGUAGGGACUUUAUGGGAGGGUGCGGGGAAAGACUGAACGAUAAAGUGAGAAGUUUGAUCGACUGCAGUAAGUUUCCGGAGUUCAGUAGUGGGGAGAGGUGUUAUUCUAAGCCGGGUUGUGUGGACGACCUAAAGUCCAAAGCGCACUCCCCCAGGAUCUGCGAUGGUACCAUCGAUUGUACAGACUUAUCGGACGAGAAAUCGUGCACGUACUGUUCACCCAAUCAAAUCCAUUGCGGCAUUGGUAGGACUUGCAUACGAAAGGCCCAACAAUGCGACGGGAGAGAGGACUGUCCGGAUGGAAGUGACGAAAGGGCCUGUCUGACCCUUUUGCCCGCACAAGAAGAAACUGUGGAACAAGUUUCACCCCAUGAAGUGAUGUACCAUCCAGAAGGAUUUGUCACUUUCAAGGAAAAGGGUGAGGGAGGCAAACUGUGCACGGAGAAUUUGAAUAAAACUUUAUCGGAAAAUAAGACUGAGGACGUGCUGAGGACCGUGGCGGUUUCUUUAUGCAAAUCGCUCACUUACCAAGACAUGCAGUCCUAUCAAGUGAUCAAAGACCCGCACCCCAACACCUCUUACGUCAGAAUCAAAGACCCUUUUGCAGACGACAUCACCUUCCUAAAAAGCAAAUGUCCCAGCAAGCAGGUGCUGAAAGUCUCUUGUGACCAACUCGAAUGCGGUAUCCAGAGCACCCACUCGAAGACCACCAGGAUGCUCCAGAAAAUGGCCUCGCACGGAGAUUGGCCCUGGCACGUGGCCCUUUUCAAAAACGACGUCCAUUUAUGCGACGGCAUUUUGUUAUCCAGCCAUUGGUUGGCCACGAGCACGUCCUGCUUCCAAGGACAACCGAGGGCCGAGUGGACCGCCCGAUUUGGGGUCGUCAGACUUUCCAGCGACUCCCCUUGGGAGCAAGAGAGACGGAUUAUCGGAAUGUUGAAGUCACCGGUAGAGGGUAGCACGGUGUCGUUGAUACGUCUGGAGCAGCCGGUGCAUUUCAACGAUUUCGUACGUCCGGUGUGUCUUCCUGAGAAGAAUCUCGUUCUAACUGGAGCAAUGCAGUGUAACACUUUAGGGUGGGCGAGGAAUAGGGAGCAGUUGCAACGCGUCCAAGUUAAAAUCACCGAUAAAGAUAAAUGCGAGAACGUGAGCAUUUCGAGCGUUAAUAGCGUUUGUACGGAGACGAUACAUGGACAGAACGAUUGUGGGGAAGAAGAGUUCGCUGGUAGCUCGAUGGUUUGCAGGACAACCAAUACGGACCAAUGGACUCUGGUUGGGGUGACGAACUGGCGAAUUGCUUGUGGCAAAAACGGCAUGGAGAGACCGAGGGUGUACGAUUUGAUCGCCUCAAACGUGGAAUGGAUCCGAGAAACCAUUAAUAGUGUAAAUAGUACGUGAACAAUUUUGCUGAUGGAUAAAGUGCCAAAUAUGUACGAAGGACCGAAAUAGUGUAAAAUAGUGUUAGGUUUUUUUUUUGUAAAGUUGUAAUAAAGUCUAUUGUUAAUAUUUUAUUUUA